AUGCGGCUCGAGGAGGGUAGUGCGGACGAGGUAUCGAGCCACGCACCCACCACGAUUCCCGAGGAGGCCACACCCAUAUCACCGCUCUCGCAGGGCUUCCCUACCGAGGCGGCACCCACAACAACCGCGCCACAGCCGCAGGAAAAGUCGCACGAAGGGCGGUUUAUCGAGAUCAUCUCGAGCGAUGGAUCGCGCGCUUCGGCCGAGGAUGGCGCUGCAGCACCACCAGCCGCGGCAGCGCAGGUGCCCGAGACAGAGAUGAAGGCGGUGCGCUCUACCAAGCGUGUCUUGCGUAGCAACUCGGCGCGAGGGCAAGCGAAGAUCGAGACGACUGUACCGCCACGGGCACAGCAAGGUUCGCCGAGCACCGACAGUACGGCGCACAAAGCGAGCUCGCACCUCUACACGCCCUCGUCGGAAGGCGCCAAACCCAAGCCGCCCGUACGUGGAUCGGAUAAGGAUGCAGAGGACGAUCACGACGACGAGGCGCAUCCGUGGCUGGCAGCACUGUAUCCACUCAGCCAUUUCAUCGGCUACCGACCGCUGUCGCACCCGCAUACUCCGGCAGAACGACGCCGCAAACCCAGCGAUCCUGGCUUUCGUCGGUUUCACUACAUCUGCGGGCGCAUUCUCAGCUUUGGAUUGGAGCCGUCGGGGGAGACGGGCCAGAUUGCACGCUACCGCGAUCCGGACACGGGCGAGAUCCAGCUGGUGCAGAUGUACCGCGAGCAGGUCGGGGCCAAGGUGGUCAAUUCCGUCCAUUCGCUCAUUGCGGCGUGGGUGGUGAUUGCGUUGCUGAGUCUGGUUUCGCGCUCGCCGUUCCACCGUGCGCACGAUGCGCCGCUCGUCAUUGCCGCGUUUGCAACCGAGGCGGUGGUGACGUUCUUUGCCUACCGUACGCCCCUGGCACAGCCAAAAAAUAUCCUGCUCGGUAACACCAUCUCGGCCGUCAUUGGGGUAGCGCUCCAAAAGGCUUUUCAAGGCACGAGCUACAGUGUCACGGGCGUCUAUGGUGUCGACUGGGCCGCUGCAGCUACAUCCGUCAGCGUGGCUGUGUUUGCCAUGCAGAUUUUGGGCUUCACGCAUCCACCCGGUGCAGCGAUUGCACUGUUGGCAAUGACCAAUCCGGAAACACACCGGUUGGACUGGUGGCUCGUACCCAUCGUGGUGAUCGGUUCGCUCAUCGUGAUCGGGUGGGCACUGAUCAUCAACAAUGUUGGCGGGAGGAGGUAUCCGGAGAACUGGUUUUACAUGCAUGCGUUUGCGGAACCCCCGAUCAUUGGGCCGGAGAAACUGCCGUUCAGCAACUCGCCGUACGAACUACCGCCACGCAGGAGGAAGCGCAAGCGGCCCGAGGGCGAGAAAGGGUUCUACCGUGUGGCGCAGGGCGCCAAGCUGGAUACGGGAUUCAGUGCGCCCAAGAGAAAUACGGCAGAGGCAUCCAACGAAGCCAAGACGGCAACCCAGGCAUUCUCGUUUGGGACAGGCGCGACUGUAAAGCCCAUCGAAGCGGCGGAAGAUGGAAGGAUGACGCGCGCUUCGCAGGUGACCAAGGUCAACUCGGGCGAGUCGAACAGCGCCGCACCCGAAACCAGCACGGCGCAAAGCGUGGCACCAACUGCACCUGUCCCACGCCCAACUACCACCACCGUCAAUGCGACAAAGACAGCCGAGGGUGCGCAGGUCAAGUCGCGCAUGAUCGAGACGGAAGCCAUGGUGUCGCGCACCAACUCGAAGAGCAGCAAACGCAGCCGUCGCUCCGUCGUCGUCCACGUCAACGAGAACCGCCGCCACUCGACGGGAUCCCAAAAGAUCCCGCCCGUCCCUGCCGUCCAGUGGCGCUCCUAG